AUGGCAGCCAGACAAGCGUUAGUACGAGACGCCAUGUCGCAUCUAAAGAUGCGAAAUGGCGCUAGCUUAGCACAGAUCCGCAAACAACUUGUGUCCACUUAUACAGGGAAAAUUGACAUCAAGAAUAAAAUGCUCACAACUGCUCUAAAAGGUCUAGUGGAGAAAGGACAAGUGGAAAAAUAUGGCGCAAACUUCAAACUAGCCUCGGCGGCAAAAGCCAAUCCCGAAGACGAAGCGCAAGUGCCCUCUCGUCGUCACCAUCGUCGUAAACAUCGUGGAGGAUCACGUCGUCGCCAUCAUCAACGCCGGCGCCACAAAAGCCGAAAGCGUCACCAUAGCCGCAGGCAGAGACAUCACAAGAAGAAUCCUAAGAGACGACGAAAGUGA